AUGACCAACGUUACAGGGAUCAAUCUCUGCCCGGCACCUUUCAUCGACGCGAGCCUUUUUGGCACUGGAGGCUACGUCGAUGGCCGAUUGUGUCAGGCGAUUUCAGGCUCGAUUGACUGCUGUCUGCCAUGCCCCAUGACAGAUUGGGUAUAUCCGGACAGCUUCUCCACCAUAGGAACCGUGGCCAACUGGAUCGCAACCGUCAGCGUCAUCUGCUGUGUUUUCCUGCUGAUAUCAUGGGCGGUGUUGCCUGUGGACAAGACCAAUCGCCAUUAUCUGAGCAUCUGUUUCACAUUGGGUAUCUUGAUCAUGAAUAUGGGCUUCGUCAUUCCGCUCGCAGCUGAGCCGGACCAAUGCUUCGAUACCAUCACCCCGAAUGACAUGCACACCUUGAGCGUCUGUGGAGCGUCGGGUGCUAUGCUGAUGUUUGGAGGCUGGUGUGCUGUCAUGUGGGCGUUCCUUCGCUCUUUGUCCCUUCACCUGCAGAUCUGCUGGCAAGUUCUCGUGGGCCGCAACUUUAUGGUUUUUGCCCAAGCCGCUGGAUGGGGCAUCCCCAUCAUCGGCCUUAUUCUCGCCUUGGUCUUCAGUGGCGUGUCCUUCCGUUUUGGCGCAACAUGCCAUAUUAACCACAAAAACAGCUUGGCAGACUUUUGGAUCCCGCUUCUCAUCUUUGCUAGUAUCACGGUUGUCACGACAUUCACCACCUUUGGCUACUGCAUCAAGGUUUACCUGGCCUCUCUAAACGACAACGCCGCGUCGACCGAAGGAUCUAGCCUUCCGGCUUACUCAAACAGUGUUGUCACCAUGUCUCCGCGCCAGGCCUAUCGCCGUGUCAAGAGAGUCAUUGCGCUUCAGUGGCGAGGCAUCGCUAUUGUCCUCAUCAUUAUUGCCGAUGUCAUCUUCUUCUCUGUCGUCUUCGUCUUUCAGGAUAACAUUGUCCAAUCUAUUGCCAAUGAUCCCCAUGUGGCCCAGAAUUGGAUCGUGUGCCUCAUCGGAGCACAGGGUGACAAGACAAAAUGUCUCAACCAAGCUGGCUCUUUAGUCGUCAGCGAAGCGACGGUCUCUGCCGUGCUUGUGCUACUUGCUUUGAACGGAAUCUGGAUCCUGUUUUUGCUUGGUCGAUGGACCAUGGUUACCGGCUGGAUUGAUUUGGUAAAGUCUCCUUUCAACAGUGGAAAGAAGGAAUUCGUAUCGGUGGAUGCCCGGUAUGAUGGCAAAAAUGAUAUACGUUCGUACGAGAUGCUCUCCAGAGAUACGAGCGCCGUGGUAACACCACUUUCUCCAGUGAAAUCCUCAGCGACCCCUAGCGCCCCCGACUACUUCGGCGAAACAGCUAGGUAUAACGCACCGGCACGAUCCUACUCGAACCCGCGACCACCGCAAGGCUCUAUGCCAGAGUGGAAUGCGCAGCAAACUUACGCACCGCCGCAAUCCCGCGAGCCGAUGAACCCAUUGGCCAUGAACCGCAUAUAA